AUGUCGGACAUCAAACAGCAUCCUGAGGUGUUCUCCGACAAGCUAUCAGACUUGGAGAUCACCCACAAUGAACAUUUCAGAUCGGACUCAGAACGCUCAGAUGAUACUGUGGCAUCCCAGGCCAAAUUCGUCGAGAGGGGUGUCCCACUCAACAGAAGUCCCACAGCGGCAGCACUCGACAAGACCGACCCGAAGUUCCUGUGGCCUAGAAUCCGUUUGUCGUUGCAAGAUGCCUUCUCCGAGUUCAUUGGAACAUUCAUUAUCAUCAUGUUUGGUGACGGUGUCGUUGCUCAAGUGGUCUUGUCCGAUAACAAGAAGGGUGACUACCAGUCCAUCAGUUGGGGUUGGGGUAUCGGUGUCAUGUUAGGUGUAUACGCUGGCGGCAAGAGUGGUGCCCAUCUCAAUCCUGCGGUCACCUUCUCGAGUUGCGUAUUCCGAAAGUUUCCUUGGAAGAAGUUCCCGAUCUACAUGUUGGCCCAAACUCUCGGAGCAUUCUGUGCGUCAGGAGUUGUAUAUGCAAACUACAAGUCGGCCAUCGAUGUGUUUGAGGGAGGAGCCAGUAUCCGAACGGUCGGAAGCGCAACCUCGACAGCCGGUAUCUUCUGCACAUAUCCUGCUGAGUUCAUGACGCGGACGGGCAUGUUCUUCUCGGAAUUUAUCGCCAGUGCUCUUCUUAUGUUCCUCAUUUUCGCUCUCAAGGAUGACUCCAACCUUGGCUCAGGCAACCUUACACCCCUCGGACUCUUCUUCAUCAUUUUCGGUAUCGGCGCAUGCUGGGGUUGGGAGACAGGCUACGCUAUCAACUUUGCCAGAGAUUUCGGACCUCGUCUCAUGUCUUUCUUCCUUGGAUAUGGACAUGAAGUCUGGUCGGCAGGCAAUUACUACUUCUGGAUCCCGAUGGUAGCACCUUUCUUCGGCUGCACGUUUGGUGGAUUCCUCUAUGAUCUGCUGAUGUUUACUGGAGAAUCUCCAAUCAACGAGGAGUGGAUGGGUAUUCCUGGAGCAUACCAGCGCCUGAUGUCGUUUGGAAAGUCGAAAAAGGAGAAGACCGAAUCAAGCAUUGUUUGA